AUGGCUGCUAUGAAAAAGGUUGCUGAAUCAAAUAAUGAAUUAACGAUUGAAGAACGUAAUUUAUUCUCAGUUGCCUACAAAAACGUGAUUGGUACGUAUCGAGUACCAUGGCGAACUAUAUCGGCCAUUGAACUGAAAGACCAAGACUCCGAACAUAAGCAACAAAUGGUUAAGAAAUAUCGCAAAAAGAUCGAAAAUGAAAUGAAAGAUGUUUGUCAAGAGCUUUUGACUCUACUUGAUAAACAUCUGAUUCAAAAAGCAACAACAGCUGAAUCGAAGAUAUUCUAUUUAAAGAUGAAAGGUGAUUAUUAUCGAUAUUUAGCUGAAAUAACCAUGGGCGAUGAACGACAAAAAAUGGCUGAAGGAUCACAGCAUGCAUACGAUGAUGCCUUCGAUUUGGCUAAAAAUCAAUUACCAGUAACACAUCCUAUCCGACUUGGUCUUGUGCUUAAUUUUUCUGUCUUCUACUACGAGAUUCUCAAUAAACCGGACAUAGCUUUGCGCUUAGCCAAACAGACAUUUGAUGAUGCUUUGGCCGAACUAGAUUCGAUCGAUGAACAUUCUUACAGAGGUAGGAGAAGCAAAACUCAUUGAUUGAUAAUUGAGAACAAAACUAAUUUUUCAUUCCUCAUCUUUUAGACAGCCAACUUAUCUUGCAACUGCUCCGAGACAAUAUCACUGUAUGUUAUUUUCUUUUUAUUGAUGAAUUCAUACGUAUAUGAAUUUUGUAGCUAUGGACUAGUGAUGAACCUGAAAUCGAUAAUACGAAUCAACCUGAUGAAGAUCAGUAACUGUACGGCAUAUACUAUUCAUUUCUUUUCUUGUACCAUUUUUUUUUAUUCAUAACGAUGAUCUCGUGUGUUGUAACAAAAAAAUAAAGAAAUUUUAAAAAAGAAAAAAAGCUGUUAGUGCAAUCUAUGCAGCAUUAAAAUAUUCUCGAAGUCAAUGAAUCCAUAAUCGUAAAGGUUUUAUAGGUAUAUAUUGAUCAUUCGUGACAAAAUCUUAGUUUUAUGAAGGGUGUGGGUGUGGGGGAAUAAAAUAAAAGACAUGACCAAUACCCACACGCAGACUCAAGUAAAAAAAAUGAAAAUAUUUUAAUGCAGCUUCAUCCAAAGAUGAAAUUUUUCUGAGGCUAUCGCAGAAGUUACAGGAAAUGAUAGAGCAAAUCAUGUCACAUAGAACUUGAAACAUUCUUCUGGCUAACAGACUACACUAAUCGACGAUCUUGUCUGUUUCUUUCCAGAUUCUUGUUUUUCUUGACUUUCAGACAAGAUUCCUGUAUUCAGGCAAGAUUCUUUUCCACAGGAAAGUAAAAAGAAUCCUGCCUGAUUGAUCAGAAAUAAAAGAAUCAGGCAAGAAUCUUGUCUGUUAUUCAAGAUCAGAAGCAUCUUGUCAGAAAAUUAUGAAAAAACAGAAGCUGGAAAGAAAUAUAAGAUAUUUUAAAUUUCUUUGUGUUCAGAGAAGAUUCUUUUCUAUAGGAAGAAAAAGAUUCUUGGCAGCUUUCCAAGAAAAACCAACACGUGAUGUCUUUGUGUGUUAGAAUAUAUAAAAGAAACGUUGGAAUAUUAUUUGUUCAUUUUAUUGAUGUGCAAACUAUAGUAUAAUUUCACUCUGAGUAUGUACCUUUGCUAGAAUUGUCAUUUUAUUCGAACGACAUCUGAUAGCUCUUCGUUUCGAUUGGAUAUAGAGAUAACAAUGAAUUAUACAAUAGCGAUUUUUUUCCAAAGAAUUACAUUUUUAUUGAACGUAUUUCGAUAUUCUGCUAAUCAAUAUCUUUCUCUUUAUUUCAUUUUAUAGAUCGUCUUGCAGCAUUUAUAUUUUUUUCUGCAUGAAGAAAAUUCCGAUAAUUUGUUCAACUUUUUUUGCUGGACGAUGCUGUUAAUAAAUUAGGUAAGCUCAAUAUGUACUUAGUUUCUUCUUUUUGGCUCAUAUGUCAUCUUUUUUUAGAACCAUCGUUACAUACAGGUAAACAACGACGAGUGUAGGGUGUGGGUGUGACGAAAAGAUUACUCACACCCACACCCACACCCACAACCACAUCCACACCCACACUCCACACCCACACCCCCACACACCCACACCCACACCCUCAAUGAUGAUUGAUUGAUUCAUCUUUAUUAUUCUUAAUCAAAUUAGGAAGAACUAAAUAUUCAAUGGAUAGUCACAAGACACUGAAUACGAAUUUUAUAUGAUAUACUUUUUCUUCCUUUUAUCUUUCGAUGUUUGAAUUUUUCAUUCAGAAAAACAAAAUGAUAUGCUUCGUUCGGGAAUCGAACCCAAGACAUGAUAGCUGGUUAACCGG